ACGUCAUCUCCCUGCGCCGGAAAACUGCAAAGAAAUGUCACGUUUUUACCUUCAGAACUAGACAGCGAACUAUCCCACAACAAAUGCUUAGUAUUUGUGAUAUUAAAUGGAAGAUGUUAGCUAGCUAUGUACUGUAAUAUUGAACACUUUAACAGGCAACCAUAGCUACACUUCAUUGCCUGAAUGUUUAUUACGAAAGGAGCACAAUUCAACUUAAAGUCGAUUGCGUGGUUAUUAAGUCGUCAAGUCGUUGGUAAUUCUCGGUGCUCUUCAAACAUAUGGAUUAAGAAUAUUCCCCCACGGACAGCUUUCCAACUUUUGCGGAAUAUGGCAUCUAAUGAUAGUGGCAAUCAGAAAACAAAUAUGAAGAAACCUAGACCCCCCAAAGAGAUGCUUCGACACGUGAAAACUAGAGAGCAAAGGAAAAAUGUGGACUUACACGGGCCGUCGACCGUCUACGUACAAGUCAUUGGAGCAGGUAGCCGUGGCAACGGAGCAUCCGUCUACGUCUUCUCCGAAUACAAUCGGUAUCUGUUCAACUGUGGCGAAGGAACUCAGCGUCUGAUGCAAGAGCACAAAGUAAAGGCGGCGCGUCUGGACAAUAUCUUCCUCACUAGAAUGAGCUGGGAGAAUGUUGGGGGUUUGUCGGGAAUGAUACUGACUCUUAAAGACACAGGAGUUCCUGAAUGCCUGCUCUCUGGCCCUCCACAGCUGGAGAAAUUUGUGAAUGCGAUUCGUGCUUUCUCUGGACCAUUGGAAGAAAUCAAGCUAGCUGUCAGUCCAUACACUGCCCCUCCGCAUUCUGAUAACACCAUGACUGUUAGUCAAGUGCCAAUAUUCGCCACGCUGAAAGGGAACGCAGAGCCCCACAGCUCCAGGCCACGCAGUCCCAGCUGCAGUCCCAGCCACUCCCCCCAGGGGGAGCUCACGAGGCCGACAGACGAGGCUGGCGGGUCAGCUGAUGGCAGGGAGGAGAGAGCGGGGAGCCCUGGUGUGAGACAGGCACCAAGCAGAGACCCCUCUUUGGUGGUUGCCUUCGUCUGUAAGCUUCAUCCGAAAAAGGGGAAUUUCUUGGUGCCGAAGGCCAAAGAGCUGGGACUGCCAGUGGGCACCUCCGCCAUCGGGCCCAUCAUCGCCACGCUCAAGUCUGGGAAGAGUGUGACGUUCGAAGGGAAAGAGAUCCGCCCGGAAGACGUGUGCACUCCCACCGAUCCCGGGCCCGUCUUCCUCGUGGUGGAGUGUCCUUCCGAGGAGUUCGUCCGGCCGCUCUGCACCAAUGAGGUCCUCCGCAGGUAUCAGACUGGCGGAUCUGAAGACUCUGCAGCCUUAGUGGUUCACAUGACCGCCGAGCCGGUGCUGGAAACCGACGGCUACAAGAGCUGGAUGGAGAGGUUCCCGCCCGGCACCGAGCAUUUGAUUCUGAACGAGCACGCCUGCACCGUGCACAACCUCAGGAGCCGCAAGCUUCAGACCCAACUCAAUCUGAUCCACCCGGAGAUCUUCCCCGAGCUGAAGAGCUAUGCUACACAGGGCAAACAGGCUGCCCUGCAUGUACCCAACGUGAGAGCUGAAUGUCUCCUGAAAUACCAGCUCAGACCCAAGUUUGAGUGGCAGAGAGAUGCCAUCCUCUCCUGUGAUGCGUCUGACUUUGUCAGAGAAGCAGAGGAGCUCCCGGGCUUCCUGCGGGAGGUGGAGGAGUGCAACCAGAACCUCACGGAUAGUGAAGUCCGGACAGGGGGCGGGGAGCAGUACCCAGAGGUGGUGUUUCUGGGAACAGGCUCCGCCCUCCCCAUGAAGAUCCGGAACGUCAGUGGCACGCUGCUGAAUAUCAGUCCCACACAGUCUGUGCUGCUGGACUGCGGCGAGGGCACCUUUGGGCAGCUGUGUCGUCACUAUGGCAACAAGGUGGACGAGGUCCUGACCAAGCUGUCCACGGUCUUCGUCUCCCACCUGCACGCGGACCACCACACGGGGCUGCUGAACGUUCUGCUUCAGCGGGAGAAGGCCCUGAGCAGCGAGGGGAAGCCAUUCACCCCUAUUUACCUGGUGGCCCCAGUGCAGAUCCAGUCCUGGUUGCACCAGUAUAAUGACCACUGCCAGGAGAUCAUGCACCACAUCAACCUCGUGCCUGCCUGGCUCCUGACUGAGGGGGUGGAGGUUCACAAAAACAAGACUAAGGCUGCCAUCCAAUCAAUGCUCAGGAAAUCUGACCUGGAAAAGUUCCAGACGUGUGUGGUGCGUCACUGCAAGAACGCCUUCGCCUGCAGCCUGACGCACCGGUCCGGGUGGAAGCUGGUGUUCUCCGGCGACACCAUGCCCUGCGACGCCCUGGUGCACAUGGGGAAAAAUGCCUCAUUGCUUAUUCAUGAGGCAACUCUGGAGGAUGGCUUGGAAGAAGAGGCUGAGGAGAAGAGACACAGUACGACGUCUCAGGCGAUUGGGAUUGGGGUGAAGAUGCAGGCUGAGUUCAUCAUGCUGAACCACUUCAGCCAGCGCUACGCCAAGAUCCCGCUCUUCAGCGCCGACUUCAGCGACAGGGUGGGCAUCGCCUUCGACCACAUGAGGGUGCGCCCGUCAGACCUGCGGGUCCUGCCCAAGCUGACCCCGCCCCUGAAGGCGCUGUUCGCGCAGGAGAUCGAGGAGAUGGAGGAGCGGAGGGAGAGGAGGGGGCUCAGGCUGAUGAGGGAGGCCGCCCUGGAGGUGCCUGUCAACGGCCAGGGAGCGGCGGGCGUGGCCGGACAGGGCGUGGCCAGCGAACGGGCGCGCGAAGCGUCGAAUAAACGAGAGCCGGAGGAAGAAGCGGAGCAGGAAAACAGCAAGAGACGGAAAGCCAGCUGAGCCGGCGUGGAGUGGAGUGGGG